AAUAUAAACUCAAGCCCCCGCUGCCAUAUAAAUAUGGACCGUAUCCAAGAUACCCCACUCUCGGAUAUACACUUCCAUCAUAUACUGUUCGCCUACCUCCGAACAUAUAUUUCCAAAGCUUAUCAUGUAUACCUUCUAUUAAACCUUUCUCUCCUACUUUCCAUGAUCCGCGGAAAUCAAACAGCGCCGGUACCUAAGGUAGAUGACUGCAGUUUGAGGUCACGUGAAAUAUAUCAAUGUCAGUAUUUGCAAUGCCGUACCUAUGUGACAGCCUUGCCAUAUAGGUGAGGCUUGAAGCCUGUCUUUAUAGCCCGGCUCCAGGACCAAGGUUAGAGGCGGCC